UGCUUCCUUCCAAUCAACUGGUAGCUUGCCCAAGUCCAAGGUUUUCUGAAAGAGGCAUUUCAGUGGUCCAGCCAUUUGAUCUGCACACAUUUUCAUUACACUGUUGGGUAUGCCAUCUGGUCCUGCCGACUUGUUGAUAUCUAGGGCUUCUAAUUCCCUGUGCACUUCUUGUAGUGUUAGUUCGAUAUGCUCCAGGAUAUUUUCGUCCUGUACACGAGCUGGGAAUUCUGGAACUUCAGAAUCGUCUUCUUCAACAAAUACACUUUGGAAGAACUUGUUUAACACUUCGGCUGCUUCCAUGUCACUCUGUGUCAAUGUACCGUUUUCAGUUACAGCUGCACAAUGGACAUCGAGUCUGUGUACUCUGCAGAGUCAGUCUACUCGUCGGAGGCCUCCGAUAGCGAGCUCCUCAGUAUGCUGACCAGCGUCACCCUCAAUGGAAUGGACCUGGAUGGACAUGAGCUGCACCAACGUCUUGCCGAGCAGCCACCAUCGCAGAGGGCUGAGUUGGAGGCAGUGCACGCAGCAAACAACAGACUGACCCGGCUUCCCACCCUGCUGCCCGCCUUCCCCGCACUACGGAUGCUCAACCUCAGCCACAAUCAGCUCACUGAGGUGUCUGAUGCCAUCCUGGCCCUGCCAGCACUCACAAACCUGGUUCUCAAGCACAAUGAUCUGGGUAAUGCCUCCCUGCCAAAGGACUUUGGCCUGCUGCGGCACUUACGAGAGCUGAACAUCAGUGGAAACAAUUUCACUCAGGUUCCGCCGCAGGUGUUGGAGCUGGCCAACCUGUCCGACCUGUACAUGGCCUCUAACCAGCUCGAGUGUGUCCCUGAGAACAUCCAUCGACUGCAGAGGUUACGCGUUCUUCAGCUUGGUGGCAACAACCUCACCUCAGUUCCUGCAACAUUGGGAAACCUCACCAUACUACAGGUGCUGGUGCUAUGCGACAACCGUCUGACUGAGCUGCCCGAGUCCAUCUGCAGCCUGCCGCGGCUGCGCACCCUGCUGCUGCACGCUAACCAGCUGUCCACCCUGCCCGGCUCCAUCGUCCGGCUGCGCGCCCUCAAACAGCUGAGCCUGCGAGACAACCCGCUGGUGCGCGACUUUGUGGGCACCAUCGAGUACGAGCCGUCGUCUCUGUUGGAGCUGGCGGCGCGCUGUGUCAAGCUGCACAACAUCCCGUACGGACCGGGCGACCUGCCCGCGGCGCUCAUAGAACACCUGGCCUCGGCCAAACACUGCGUCAACAAACGCUGCAAGGGCGUGUUCUUCGACACUCGCGUGGAGGACGUACAGUUUGUGGAUUUCUGCGGUAUGUACCACAUCCCGCUGAUGCGCUACCUGUGCUCGUCCAACUGCGAGCGGCUUCAGGUGACCGAGCGGGGGCAGCGCUCGGACGAGUCCGACUCCGAUGACGAGGUCGGCGGCUGGCGGCAGCGCCGGCUCCGACGCGUCCUGCUCGGCUAGCUGCCGGAGCCCGGGUCGGCUAGCUGCUCCUGCUCGGGUUGGCUACCUGCUCCUGCUCGGGUUGGAUAGCUGCUCCUGCUCGGGUUGGAUAGCUGCUCCUGCUCGGGUUGGAUAGCUGCUCCUGCUCGGGUUGGCUACCUGCUCCUGCUCGGGUUGGAUAGCUGCUCCUGCUCGGGUUGGAUAGCUGCUCCAGCUCUGCUAGGAUCGGUCAGUUGCCCCGGUUUGAGUCGGUUAGCCGCUCCGGCUCUGUUCGGCUAGGAUCGGUGUGUGACCUACAUGCCCCUCCCCUCCGGUCAGCGGAAAAGCCUGAGGAGCUGAUACGCGCCAGACGCUACAAGUUACGGACCGAUCACUGCUCUAAUAUGGGAGGUGUGUGGAGUGUUACCAGAUAACCCUUGUGACCGCCGGGCGCGGGCGCGUUGGUGUGUGCCGUGGUGUUACUGAAGUUCGGCGGUGAAGGUGGUAGUGGCUGCGGCCCGGGUCGGGCUCCUGCUGGCUGUUUGGUGCUGUUUUGGGCCGGUGGCAGUCGGGAAGUGUGUGGUGUUCUGUGCUGUGUUGUAAGACCAUGUUAUCCGGUGGUUUUGGCUACUCUUGAGCUGCGCGUGACAUAGUAGUGGGCUUCACACGAGGGUUCACACAGAGGGCUUCCUGCUCGAUACAAUCACACGCCCAAUCGCUAGUCAUUGUCCGCUGCAGAAUUUUAUCAGACCAUGACAAUUUUCUUUGUCGUGGUUAGUAAAAAUGGCAGUUACCAUUGUCAAAACAAGUUAACAUUUCGGUGCUAAUUUCCGGUAUGUCUGGUGAUAUUCCAUGUUCAGAUCUAGCCGUCGUUCAACCCGUAUUGUGGAUUACCGAAUCUCGGCACGUGGAUAACCUCGGCCGGGUGAAUAUUACGCGUUUUUUUUUCGCGAAUGGCUGUUAUCCAAGAUCUGUAAGCAUACCUAAAGGAGUGUCGAUGGAACUUGCAUUAGUGCCUUGCGCGGUUAUAGGAAGCAAACGUAGCCCGUAGGAUACGUUUUUUAUUGUCGACACAGAGGAUUUGGUGCUCGUCUAGUCUUCCAUAGUGCAGGUCCUUCCUGCAGAGAGAUAUGUUGUUACUAGCGUUGUUAGGUGAAAUGGUAGGGCAUCAGGUAUGCUCCUCUCCCCACGGUCAGGUGUGGAUGGUGUGGUACCGUCGCGUAGUGGUUGAUGGCAAUGUGGAGGAUUGAAAUCCCGUAGGUACUCGUCGUGUGGUGUGGAUGAUCAUGUACCGUUGUUGGGUUGAGGCUAAGGUCAUUUGAAGUUUAGGAUGCAACUUCGGUGUUUAAAGCUGAAAUUGUAUUAGGUAGUGAAAAACUUUGCCCCCGGCGUUAAUUUAGACACGGUCGCACGCAUCCCGCAAAAUAUCCGGCUGGGAGCGUUGUGCUGUUAGUUUAUUGCGGGGUUUGACGCUGUUUAACUCUUUGUGCGUCGUCGGACUCCACUGACGCCCACGGCUCUGCCGCGGCGUGUUCUGUGGCGGGAGCUCCGUCUGUCGGGGACGCCUGCCUCACCCGGUAUACACCAGCAGUGAAACAUUGCGGGCGCCGGGCAGUGUACCGCGAUCGGCGGACUGUGGUAACCCAUUGGUGGAAUGAGACAAAAUACAUGGUCUCUUGAGGUUG